AUAUUUCCCUCUGAAAUGUAGCAGUAGAAGUGUAAAGUAAUAGAAAUACUCAACUUGAGUAGAUGCACUUAAUUUCUUUCCGUUACUGCAUGAAGAAGUAGCAUAUGUUGUUAAAAAAAAAAGAAGAGGUGUAGGACGAAGUCUCUCCAGCAGGGGGUGAUAUUGUGGUUUCAAUCAAAGAUCGUCUAUUUUGAAGAGGAGUCAGUUCCUGGUCAGAAAAAAAGAAAUGUACCCGUUGUGUUUUCCAAACUCCUUUUUUUCCCCCGAUGAGUAAUUUCAUCACCUGGAAACGUUGACAUAGUGAGACAUCAUUACUUAAUUUACAUAUCUCUGUUAAUACUUAACGGAGAAUGAAGCCAGAGGAUGGAGAGCCGGAGCUGUGGCGCAAGAGAUAGACGAAGAAGAAGUAACGAGAAGGCAAAGUGAAUGAGUGUUGGUAAUUGAAAUUAAAAAAAAGAUGGCCGUUUGUAUACCUAGCUAGCUGUUAGCUCCGUUUAAAUAGCAUGUCAACGUCUGCUUUUGGACGGUUAAGCUAGCUACACUAGCUAGCAGGUGCUUCUGUAAGCUAAUCAGUUGGUGUAACGCGGUUUAAAUGUAACGGUAGGUUUUCACACCUUACUUUAAUUAAACCCAACGUAUCAUUUUUAAUUAUCCACAACUAGCUUAUCUUUUACAUAAACCCGCCUCCUCUGUAGCGAGCGUUUAAAUUAAUUAACAGCUUAACGUUCAGCUGACACCUGUCUGCCCACGAAGAAGAAAGAAAAAAACCUCGCUGUUUGUUUCUGCUUUAAUUAAUUCAAAAAGCCAAAUAAUUAUGUAGUUUUAUAACACAUCAAGGAUGCCUAUUAAAUGUAUAUAUAAUAUUAAAUGUGUGUGUGUGUGUACACAACAGACAUUAAGCAUGCUACUUAAAAAUAUAUAACGUUAUAUAUCAUAUAUAUUAAGGAUACUAAUUAAACGUUUGUAGUUGUGUUUCUUUCCCACCUAAAGGAAGCCGUUGUGGUGUGUUUAUGUUGGAGGAUUAUUACAGACGCAGGACUCUGAAACUGUUCAUCCAAGAGGCUCAAAGCAGCGGAUAAUGUUUCCUGUAUCAGUUUACUGAAGGCUGUCAGCACUGAGGCUUUUUAUUCCACUCCAGGAUCAGCACCAGAAGAGCUGGUAAUACCUCAAAGAGAUGGAAAUAUUUAACACGAUUUUAAGAGACACGAAAAGAUAAAGUGGGAACCUUUGGAUUUGUGCAAUAGAUCUAUUAAAUUCAGAUUUUGUCAAUAUGUCAAUCGAGGCGGUCUUGAGGGUGUACAGAGGCAUCAGCUAUCGAGACCCUAAACUAAUUCAAACUCGCACAGCAUUCGGGAGUAAUUUUGGGGUUCAGCGUCUUGCCGAAGGACACUUCUUUCUACAUGCGGAUUGGAGGAAACGAGGAAAUAUGUUUGAAGAGAAAUGGGUCCUUACUGGAACAUUUUCUCUGAUUCUCUGUUGUCCAUGAUGCUCCUCUUCCUGCUCUUUCUUCCCUCAGGUGCAUGAGGCCCUCAGGUCCUGCUAGGAGAACCCAUGGAGCCAGUCGUCAUGCCCUUCCACUCCUCCUCCCCACCUCCACUGGACGACGAGGAGGCGGGAUCAGAGGACGAGGAGUUCGGGGAGUUUGGGGGGUUCUCCGUCGUGGUGUCCUGCUCUCAUCCUGUCUACGCUGAUUCGACUGAUUCAGCAUCCAGCCUCAGACAACCUCGUCCCAACAUAAAGCCAGCAGCCACACAUCAACCUAACUGUAGCUUUAAUCGCCCAGUGGAACAAUUCCAACCCACAUCCGCUGUGGACCAGAGACGCGUGGAGCGGCAGGAUUGUAAUGUAGGAUCACGUGUGCGCCUCACGAAUGGGUACUUUGAAGGAGACCCCAGCUCUGGGACCCACACGGCCUCUGCAGUGGGAGCACGCUAUCCCAGCGAGGAAACCGGGUUUGCUGAUUUCACUGUGUUUACAGAGCAGGCGGCUCAUCCCUGGUGCUGCGGCUUCACUCCCACGGGGAGCAGAGGGCGGUGGGAUGUCCGACUGGAACACAAAACCAGCAGCAGCUCUGGUGGACAAAUCGGCGAUCCAGGACAGGAGGUUGUGUUGGACUCUGAGCCGAGAUCUCAUUGUGCUCACGAGGCAGAAGGAAAUGUUUGCACUAAGGUCGAGCACUGUGAGAAAAGAGAUGCAGCACUCGUGCAACCAUCUCAGGACCGCCGUCAGUCUCAGGAAGCUGCAGCAGCUUUGGAUUUUCCACCCGAAGAGCCUCAUUCUGGGGGAGAGGAGGAGUUCAGCAAGUCUGGGGAUGGUCAGAAUGAAAGGAGGUAUAGUUUAAAUUCUUUACAAACCGCAGAGACGCAGAAGGAUGGAGAGUCGGAUGAAAAGAGCGUCUCUACUGUCCCUCAAACAUUCGGUGUGUACGGGUCUGCUUCAGAGGACCUGGCGUCUUCCUCUGAUGAUUUGUCAUUCGAGUGUCCUUCUGCGGACGUGGAACCAAAUGUUUCAUCUCUAGUUUCACACGAGGACCAAACUGACUGGGACCAGACUGAUGAUGAAGACUAUUCUGACUUCCCUGUCAACGACAGCGUGGCCAAUGUCUUUCGGUUCGAGGCAGAGAAGGGUUUUCAUUACUGCGACCAAUCUGCUACUCAGGAAACUCGUGCUACCUCCAGCCAGUCUCGACCUGGAACACACACAGACGGCACAUGUUCAGACGUCAAAGACCACGAGUGUCUCCAAACGGCCAAUGCAGCGGUGCAGAGUCUGGGAAACCUCCCGCCCAGCGACAGCUUUGCUGAUUUCUGCUCGGCGCCCACGCAGGAGGAGGGAGAGGGGUCGUGGGCGGAGUUCAAGGACCAGAGGGCUCUGGAGGAGGAGAAAACCUGGACCCGGUCCAGAGAGCAAGUCAGCAGCCUGCAGACCGCUGAGGAGGAGCAGGACCGGGAUGGGAAACACGGGGUUUCCAGGAGGAACAGCUGUCAGGCGUCACUCUCCUGCCGUGUCCAGCAGCUUCUCAUGGCCAGUUUUCCGGAGGUAGAGGUCCCCGCUGAUGAAGAAGAGGAGGAGGUGCUGAACCUCAAUGCUCUACUUCACGGCCGACUCCUCUCUGAGAGCGAGGAGGAGGAAGAAGAAGAGGAGGAGGAGGAGGUACUUGAACACCUGAGCCCAAGAUCUCAGUGGAUUCGGCCUCAUCAGGACCUCCAUGAUGCAGUCGGCCUCCGGUUUCAGUGGGGAGGCUCCCACACCAACAGGACUCUGCUCAAGUGUCUCGGUGUGGAGACACGGAACAUUGUGAGUUUCGCAAAACGUUAAAAAGUUCAUCAGCGAUCCAAACAGCAUCUUCACCGGUGACUGAAUGAACAAAUAUACCCUUUACC